AUGGACGAGUUUUGCCAAAGUGGCGGGGAGGACGUUGGGAAGAUUCGGUUGGUGGGGGGGAGCAGCGCGUACGGGGAGGAGAGAUCGGCGGUUAAAUCGGUUGUUGGCGGCGAGGGCACGCAUCGGCGGGACGCGAUGGGUGGUUACGCGUCCGAUUCGAGCGGCGAAAGUUGCAAAGGGGCGCAAUGGAGGAGGCAGAGAGCGGCGGAGGGAAAGAAUUCGAGCGUGGCCGCCGCGUCCACGGCUUUCACGAUAGAUAACAUUCUUGGCAGGCGGGAGAAGAGGAGGAAGAGGAAGAGGGAGGUCGAGGUGCGCGUUGAUUUGAAUUGCCCCGAGGGGGGCGAGGGGGAGGAGCAGGAGGAGGAGGAGGAGGAGGAGGAGAGAGAGGAGAAAGUGGAAGGGAGUCGGUUUAUCGGGCCUACCUCCGGUUUAUCGGCCGCUCAUCCGGGUUUGUAUCCAGAAUUGCCCUAUUCGGAGGUGGCCCUCUCGGAUCCCGGCUACUCGGCUACGUCUCUCGCCUCUGCGUCCAUUUUGUACAACAGUUGGUUCGCCCAGUCGAAACCUGGCCAACUUUUCGGCCUUCAAGCGCCUAAACCGAGCGGAAGACGGUCGAGGAAGCCGGGCAUCGACAGGAAACCGCGACAAGCGUACAGUGCGAAACAAUUGGAGAGGCUCGAAGCCGAAUUCAAGAUCGACAAGUAUCUGAGCGUGAGCAAACGGAUGGAGCUGUCCAAGUCGUUGAACUUGACCGAGGUACAGAUAAAAACGUGGUUUCAAAAUCGUCGUACGAAAUGGAAGAAGCAACUUACCUCGAGAUUAAAAAUCGCCCAGAGGCAAGGACUUUUCCCGCCAACCUACUUUCCGCCGGCACAGUAUCCCCUGUUACCCUAUUAUACCACGCCCCUCGUGUUUGGAAGUCCAGCAACGUCGGAUGACGCGAACGCGAUGACGAUGACGAUACCGCCACGACCGUUAUCGUCGUCGGAUACGCUGUGA